AUGACGUUUCAAAGAUAUCCCCGUCGAGACCAACCUCAUCACCACGAACAACAACAACAACAACAACGCAAGGUUUCGGUUUUAAAACGAACGACGCGAGGACACUUUUUAGCCACGAUGAUGGCAACUUCAAAUGAUGGCAACGAGAGCAGUAAAGAAGAGGAAAAGGAAGACAUCCCCCCGUGGGAGCGACGAGAGAUGGAAAAGAAACUUUCGAAAGAAUCAGGCGAGUUCCCGUGGCCUGUGUUCCUUUUGGGAAGUCUGAUCACCUUACUCGCCGCGACGGGGAGCGUGUUCGAGUGGACGUUUUCGAAACCAAUUUUCGGCGUCGUGGACGCUUCGAGCGGGAUGUACAAACCAAUAUUAGGGUGGUUCAUCGUGACGGGGUUCCCGUUGAGCGCGAUUUUGUGGACGAAAGGGAUCGAAGGCGCGAAUAAAGCGAGCGAGUUGACGGAUAAAAUGGACGGAUACGAUUAG